CGCCCCUCUGCCUGCCUGUGAUUGGUGCUCUCGGCCCAGGGGGCGGGCCUGGGCCGGUGGUGCGCGCGCCGUGGUGACGUCAGUCCGGGUGCGACCGCAGCCCGGCCAGGCCCUGGUGCGGGCGUCCCCGGUGUCACCGUCAUGGCGGCGUCGCUUCUGCUGCGGGAAGGACGGUCCGCGGCGCUGAAGAUUAUGCUCCUCGAAGCACGAGUAUUUCGAGGACUUGCUUCCACGGUUUCUCUCUGUGCAGAAUCAGGGAAGAGCGAAAAGGGACUGCCACCAAAUCCCAAGAAGCAAAGUCCACCAAAAAAUGUAGUGGAACGAAAGGAGAGGGGCAGGCUACUCGCCACCCCAACCGCAGCCGAAUUGUCUAAAAACUUGUCUUCACCCAGUUCUUACCCGUCAAUUGUGAAUCGAGGCAGGGUGGUAGCUAGCCCUAGCACCAGUCCCGAUGAUAGCAUGCCAUUCACAGAUGAAGGGCUUCCAGAGUUUUUAUCAAGAAAGACUUUGGUAGAGUUUCCUCAAAAAGUUCUGCCUCCAUUCAGAAAACAGGGUUCGGAUUCAAAAGUUCCUCAGGAGAGCAAAGGAAGGACAAAUGAUUCAUCAUCAUCUUCGUCAUCUUCAGCAUCUUCGUCCAGCUCCUCCAGUUCAGACUCCUCCUCGGAUUCAGAGUCUGACGAGGAGGGUGAUGCCUCCAAGGUUGAUCCUCAGAUGAUGAGCAGGAGCAAAGAAGGGCUUCCAACACCACAGGCCCCCCGUUCCCCUGAAAGUAGAGCCUCCAAAAUUGCAACAGCAGCAAGAGAGAAGAUCCGGUCACAGCAAGUGCAGCCAGAUCUCAGCCCUUCAGAGAGGCCCCGUCAGGCAAAGAAGAAAGGGCCCACCGUGAAGCCAUCAGAGGACAGAAAAGAUGCUAAACCAAAAGCUACAACCCCCAAGUUACAAGCAGAUAAAGAGAUUGUGAAGCAAAAUAUAAAGGAAAAACAAAUGGAGAAAAUACUUAGAUCAAGUGAAAAAGAUCAAGAAAGCCAAAAGUCACUUGAAGUUAAAAAAACCUUCCCUGACCCCACAAAGUCAGGAUUGUCUACACAGCCAGAUGUCAGCCCAGCACCUGGGCAAUUGACAGAAAGAACCAGAGCGGCAGGACAGCUGCAAGCAUCUCCUGAUUCCAGAGAAAGACAUUUUGAAAAGCAAGUACUGGAAGGUGACGGGGAGGUGGCAUUUCCCCUACCCGACAAGGAAAAUGCAGGGAAGCAGGUAACGGGAGGAGUCUUGGAGGCCAAAGAGGAGAUUUUGGAAGAUCAGACGCCACUGCAACAUCCAAAGCCAGUUCCUGCCCCUGAUGCAGGUGUGUUCAAGCAGAAGACCACAGGUCUGGAGCCUGAGGGGCAGGACGGGAUGGCUGAAGACGCGGUGCCAGGCCUGCAAGAGCAGGACAACACACCGGAGCCUGCUCAAGCCGAGCCGUUCGACAACACCACGUACAGGAACCUCCAGCACCACGACUACACCCCGUACACCUUCUUAGACCUCAACCUGGACCUGUCCAAGUACCGGAUGCCUCAGCCCUCUUCGGGUCGGGAGUCGCCUCGCCACUGAGCGCUCCCCUUGAGAGAGUAAACCUAUCGGUGUCUGGGCUACAGAAAUAAAAUCCGCUCCAUCCAUGAGGCCUGA